AAGGAAAAGGAGAAUAGACAAGUUGAAGAGAUACCUCCACAAGAACUGGACAAUUAUUUGAGCAGAUUCCUACUUUCUGUGAGAAAGAAGAACGGAGAUGAGUACGAGCCUUCAACUCUACGUGGCUUUCUAGCAUUGAUUGAGCAUUAUCUCAAAAAAUGCCGCUACAGUGAAUCGGUUAUCACGGGGCAGGACUUUGCAAGAACAAGAGAUGCACUCAAAUCAAAACAAAAACAUUUGAAACGGCUGGGGAAAGGAAACAAGCCAAAUGAAGCAUCCAGUCUAACCUCAGAGGAAAGAGACAUUCUUUUCGAACGAAAAGAAAUGGGUUUCAGCUCUCCAAAAGCCCUCAUCAACACGCUCUGGUUAAAUAAUUGUAUGCAUUUUGGUCUAUGCGGAGAGAAGGAGCAAAGGGAGUUAAAAUGGGGCGACGUGGUUUUGAAAACCAAUCCUUUUGGGAAGGAAUACCUCGAAUACUGUACCGAAAGGCAAACCAAGACACGGCCUGGAGAUAAUCCAUCGAACAUGAGGAAGGUCAAACCAAAAAUGUAUGAGCAACCUUCACUUCCACCAGAACGAAACCCUGUGUUUGUGUACAAGUUUUACAAGGCAAAACGACCCAAUGAAACUCUCGUAGAGGACGCGCCAUUUUAUCUGGCAGUUAACCAUGUCAGUAGUGAGCAGCUAGCCUUCCCUGACACAAAGUGGUUUAAGCCACAACCAAUGGGAGUGAACAAACUGAAUUCUCUGAUAAAAGAGUGCGCUGCAGCGGCCGGUAUUGGUGAAAACAAACGCAUUACCAAUCACAGUGGCCGUAAAACACUGACACAAACACUGUUGAACCACGACGUUCCGCCAACGCAAAUCAUUCAAGUUACGGGCCACAAAAACCUCCAGUCUGUGAAUAAUUAUGUUGCUAUGGGAGAGAGACAACAAGAAAACGUUUCUUCGAUUCUCUCGGCUACGUCUACCACCAGUGCAGCCCAGCCCUUGGUCCCUCGUCAAGUUGGCGAGUUUUCUACAGCUUCGAGAUCGACAUGCAGCAACCUGCAUGAACACCACUUCGGGUACACCUAAUCAGCUGUCUUCGUUGUUUCUUAGCAAUCAUAUUACUGGAGGAACAUUUAAUGUUCAUGUGUCUACCACCUCGUCGCUUGCAUCCAGCACAUUGAUUGCGGAAAGUCCCAAACGCAAAAAAUACCGCAGGCUUUGGGUUUUGGACAGUGACAGCAGUCAAAGCGGUAAUAGUCAGGAGUAG